GGGGGAACUGGCUGAGUUGAGAGGGCGACGCUUGGAGCUGCCUCGGGAGCGAGCAGGGACCCGGCAUUGAGGCGGCUCUUCGGCUGCCCUUUUCCUUUCAGGGCAGGCUGCCGCGGAGUCGAGCGUCAGCUCUUAGGUCUCUAAUAAUUUUUAAAAUGGGCCGCAUCUUCUUGGAUCAUAUCGGUGGUACUCGCCUAUUCUCCUGUGCAAAUUGUGACACAAUUUUGACCAACCGCUCAGAGCUUAUAUCUACCCGUUUUACAGGGGCUACAGGACGAGCCUUUUUAUUUAACAAGGUAGUAAAUUUGCAGUACAGUGAAGUUCAAGACCGAGUCAUGCUCACUGGCCGUCAUAUGGUUCGUGAUGUGAGCUGCAAGAACUGCAACAGCAAACUUGGCUGGAUAUAUGAAUUUGCCACCGAAGACAGCCAGCGCUACAAGGAAGGCCGCGUUAUUCUGGAAAGAGCUUUAGUCCGAGAAAGCGAGGGUUUUGAGGAGCAUGUUCCAUCUGAUAACUCUUGAAUGGAAAUCUCUUCAUCUUCAGGCUUUCUUUGUUGAAACUUAAAAAAA